AUGUCUUUCGCUACCUUCUCCAUUCUUGCGGCUCUGGCAGCCACUGUUUCUGCCCAUGGAUAUGUUAACAAUGCUUCCAUUGGUGGAGUUUCAUACACUGGCUACCAACCGUAUCAAGACCCUUACACUACCCCUCUCCCAGACCGGAUCUUCAGAGCUAUCCAAGGCAAUGGACCCGUAGAGGACCUCACUUCCAUCGACAUCCAAUGUGGAGGAUAUACCGCCGGAGGAAUCGUUGGGUCUUCCCCCGCCAAAUUGACCGCUGGCCCUGUUGCUGCUGGAUCUCGAGUUGAUUUGUACUGGACCUUAUGGCCAGAGUCACACAUGGGACCCGUUAUUACUUACAUGGCCUUGUGCCCUGGUGGAGACUGCACCAAGUUUGAGCCUAAGUCCAGUGCUGUCUGGUUCAAGGUCCAAGAGGCUGGCCGCACAGGAACUUCCAACGUCUGGGCCGCCGAUGCCAUUGAGAAGGCCGGAGGAUUCCUCAGCUACACCAUCCCCUCCUGCUUAGCCCCAGGUUCCUACCUUGUCCGCCACGAGGUCAUCGCAUUGCAUGCCGCAUACGCCUACCCAGGAGCUCAAUUCUACCCCUCAUGCCACCAGAUCAAGGUGACCGGCAGCGGAAGCACCAAGCCCUCCUCGCUCGUUUCCUUCCCAGGAGCCUACAAGCCCACCGACCCAGGAAUCACAUACGAUGCGUACAAAGCCUCUACCUACACCAUUCCCGGCCCAAAACUCUUCACUUGUGGUGGGUCUGCCGGCAGUGCGGCACCAAAUGUAAGCAGUUCAGCUUUAGAAUCAGCUCCUGUUUCUUCAGUUUUGGCUCCUGUUGCUACGUCUGUUGCUUCAAACUCAACUGUCCCAGCUAUAACCACCUCAGCUGCAGCGAUCGAGACGGCAGCUCCUAUCGCAUCUACCGCCGUCCCAUCUACCCUCCAAACCCUCGUGCAGACUUCCUCUGCUGCCCCCGUAGCCUCUAACGUUCCAGAGGCUGCUGCUGAUGAUGAAUGCUAA